AAGGCAAGGGCCCGCCCCGAAAUAAACGUCAGUCCUCUAACAGACUACAUUCAGGAAAAGAUGGCGUCGGCUGUGUUUCGUCUUUCCCGGCUCUCGGCUCUGAAAAGCGCCGGAGUUUCAACACUAAAUACUGGGACAAAAUGCCCCGCUGCGCGUUUAACACUGUACCGAAACACUGUCUCCACGGCAUCUGGCGGCAUUCCACCACAGCCGGUGAAAACCUCCUUCGGUCUUUUCCGGAUGACCGUGGUGACGGUGCCCUUCCUUUACGUGGGGACAUUGAUUAGCAAAAAUUUCGCUGCCUAUCUGGAGGAACACGAUAUCUUCGUUCCCGAUGAUGACGACGACGACGACUGAACUAGCGGCAAGUAUUUCCACAAUGGCCGAGCCCAGAGGGAAUCAGGGGAAGAGGAGCAGCUUACGAAGAUCUGGCAGCCGUCAGUCACUCCUCCAGAACAUGGCUGAAUUCCCUUCCUCGAUUCCCCUUUACCUCACGGAUCCUACACCUUCUAUUUGAAAGAGCAAUACGGGGUGCUGCUCUGUCAUUCAUAAUUUUCGUGUACAGUUUAAGCAAAAAGUGAACCGUGUGCAUGUCAGAUUCCUUUGACACCUUGUUUUACCUCCUGGAAUGUCUUUUUAUAAGAAAAAAAAAGCAUAGCAAUAAAACACUACUGUAUAGUGUUUUCUUUAGACCUAUAUUAACUGAAAUUAAAGUGCAAUUUGAUUUUGAGAUGCGUGAAACCUCUGAGUGUGAUGUCAUUCAAACAGUGUCUGAAAAUAAAGCAUUCAAGCCAAGA